GUGGCGGAGAUGCUCAUGAAUCAGGUGCGAUAAUAAACUCGGGUCCGUCGACGAACGCGGGUAGUUCCCCCUCCCGGGGGGGUGGGGGGAGAGCAGCUCGAGCCCCUCCGUUCCGAGCUACAGUGGUGUGUUCCUCCCCAGGACGGAGCGCCGCUCACACACGGCGGAUGCUCGCGCAGUGCCGCCUUGCUUCUCCCCCCGACACACACACACACACACAACCGCCGGCAUCGCGCAGCAUCCCUGGCGCAGAGGAGAAGAAGAAGAAGGCCCCCUUCUCACUGAGGCUGGUAUUGAUCCUCUGGUCACUCUCCAAGGUGCUGAACGUGGCGGCCGCGCUCUGAGGGGACUCCAGCCAGAUACACGUGCUUUCGGAGCUCCUCUGGUCCACGGCCACCACAGCUCUUAAGGUGCAUUCCCUGAGGUGAGGCUUUCUAUCCGUCUUUCGAUAUGGAUGAUGGUUAUAGAGACCGGACCGCCUUCAUACGAGGCGCCAAGGACAUUGCCAAGGAGGUGAAGAGGCAGGCAGCUAAGAAGGUGGGUCGGGGCAUGGACAGAAUGUCAGACGAGUACACGAAGCGCUCGUACACCCGCUUCGAGGAGGACGACGACGAUGACUUCCCCGUGCAGGGCCAGGAUGGUGGCUACUACCGCAGUGACAGCCGGGCCAACGAUGACGAGGGCGCCCACAGUGACUCCACCGAGGGUCAUGACGAAGAUGACGAGAUCUACGAGGGCGAGUACCAAGGCAUCCCCCGGGCCGACUCGAGCAAGGCCGACGGGCAGCUGGGCAGUGGGCCAGUGCCGACAGGGGCACAGUUCCGUGACUUCGGCGAGCUGGCCGGAGAGCGGCGGAAGGACCGCGAGGAACUGGCACAGCAGUACGAGACCAUCCUGCAGGAGUGUGGCCACGGACGCUUCCAGUGGACCCUCUACUUUGUGCUGGGCUUGGCGCUCAUGGCCGAUGGCGUGGAGAUCUUUGUGGUAGGAUUUGUGCUGCCCAGCGCUGAGAAGGACAUGUGUCUCUCCGAACCCAACAAGGGCAUGCUGGGGCUCAUUGUGUACCUGGGGAUGAUGGUGGGGGCAUUCGUAUGGGGCGGACUCGCCGACAGGAUCGGCCGCCGGCAGUGCCUGCUGAUUUCCCUGUCCAUCAACAGCGUCUUCGCCUUCUUCUCCUCCUUCGUCCAGGGCUACAGCACGUUCCUCUUCUGCCGCCUGCUCUCGGGGGUUGGGAUUGGCGGCUCCAUCCCCAUCGUCUUCUCCUACUACUCGGAGUUCCUGGCCCAGGAGAAGCGGGGGGAGCACCUCAGCUGGCUCUGCAUGUUCUGGAUGAUUGGGGGCAUCUAUGCCUCGGCCAUGGCCUGGGCCAUCAUCCCUCACUACGGUUGGAGCUUCCAGAUGGGUUCCGCGUACCAGUUCCACAGCUGGCGCGUGUUUGUGCUGGUGUGCGCCUUCCCGUCCGUCGCCGCCAUCGCUGCGCUCACCACCAUGCCGGAGAGCCCGCGCUUCUUCCUGGAGAACGGGAAGCACGACGAGGCCUGGAUGAUCCUGAAACAGGUCCACGACACCAACAUGAGGGCUAAGGGAUACCCGGAGAGAGUGUUCUCUGUCACCUCCAUCAAGACCGUGAAGCCAGUGGAUGAGCUGGUGGACAUGGGCGACAGCACGGCUGCUUGGCACAAACGCUGGAAGAUAAAGCUGGUGAACCUGUUUCAGCAGGUGUGGAGCAACUUCCAGGCCUGCUUCUCCCCCGAGUACCGGCGAACCACCCUGAUGAUGAUGGCCGUGUGGUUCACCAUGUCCUUCAGUUACUAUGGACUCACGGUGUGGUUCCCCGACAUGAUCAAGUACUUGCAGAAGCAGGAAUAUGCCAGCCGCACCAAAGUCUUCAUCAAGGAACGGGUGGAACACGUCACCUUCAACUUCACCCUGGAGAACCAGGUUCACCGCAACGGCCUGUAUUUCAAUGACAAGUUCAUCAACCUGAAGAUGAAAUCUAUGGUGUUUGAGGACUCUAUGUUUGAGGAGUGCUACUUCGAGGACAUCACCUCCAGCAAUACCUUCUUCAGAAACUGCACCUUCAUCUCCACCCUCUUCUAUAACACAGAUCUGUUCAAGUACAGGUUGAUCAACAGCAAACUGGUCAACAGCACCUUCCUGCACAACAAGGAGGGCUGCAUCUUGGACUUCAGUGAUGACAACAAUGCCUACAUGAUCUACUUCGUGAGCUUCCUGGGCACACUCGCCGUGCUGCCCGGCAACAUCGUGUCUGCGCUGCUCAUGGACAAGAUUGGACGUCUGCGGAUGCUAGCGGGCUCCAGCGUGAUGUCGUGCAUCAGCUGCUUCUUCCUGUCCUUCGGUAGCAACGAGUCGGCCAUGAUCGCCCUGCUCUGCCUCUUUGGAGGCAUCAGCAUUGCGUCCUGGAACUCCCUGGAUGUGCUGACGGUGGAGCUGUACCCCUCGGACAAACGCACUACGGCGUUUGGCUUCCUCAACGCACUCUGCAAGCUGGCGGCCGUCCUCGGCAUCAGCAUCUUCACCUCCUUCGUGGGGAUCACCAAGGCCGUGCCCAUCCUCUUCGCCUCGGGGGCGUUGGCCGCCGGCAGCUUCCUGGCCCUCAAGCUGCCCGAAACACGGGGCCAGGUGCUGCAGUAGCGCCCCUCCGCCAGCAGAGCGGAGCCAGAGCGGCCGCACUGUGACCAGGGCCAGUUCAACCCCAACCCCGUAAUCCCAGGUGACCAAAAGAGGGAGCUCGUAGCAAGGCCUUCCUCGAACCAAACGCAAACAUCCCCUAUCGUAUUUAAUAAUGGUGACAAUCCUGUAUUCGCGGCUUCAAAUCUGAAAUCACCCUUGAAUUUGGGCGUCUUCUCGUGUUCAGAACCCUGUUAUCGGUUAUGUGAGAUCUGCAGGUUCGCUGCACUGCGUCUGGACGUGGAAGCCACCCCACGUCCGAGGUCCGAAAGGUUCUCCACUUGUUUCGUCAGACGUCUCGCUCUAGUCAGACCUUCGUUGCCCAUUUUAGUCUCUCUGUGCCCCCGUUAGAGCUCCAUUAUUAAGUUACGUCUCCAUGUUCUGUUCAGGGUCUCCCGUUAACAACGAGAUGGUGCACAAAGCUUCAGGUGGGAAAGUCACCAGUCUUCUGUAGCCAUUGAGAGUCGCUGCAAAUCCGCCGCGUCAUUUAAAUAUGUAAGCGCCCUUCGGGGAGACGCAAGCAGACAUGGUCUCUGGAACUAUGGCCUGGGGUUGGUGGCCUCAACUCAAGCCAUGCAAGCUUGACUUUCUUGACAAACACACUUCCCUUCACCUGGGAGAGCUACCUAAAGAAAGCGCCAUAUACAGUAUGUCUUUGACCAACGAGUCUGUGGACACCCCUUUCCUCAGCUUUUGGGAAUUUAAAGUAGUCUUUCAAGACUGAGUCGACAGUCCCCUUGUAUCGUGGUUGGCCUUGACUGUAGGGUGUUGAAGGUCUAUGUCCUUCGCGGGGCCAAGCUGACUGAUCUGAGACUAGGUCCAAACCCACCUUUCCCAGCCCAUCCCCUCUGCACCAGGGUAAAGAAAUAAAUACUGUGUACACACUAGAAUAAGUGACAAUACAAAUACUGCCAUUUGAUAGAUCUAGAACAUUCCAGCUCUGCUUCCAUCAGGGCGUGGGUGUAAAUAGUAGUUUUCACGUCAAUGGAUUUCCUUCGAACCGAACCACAAAAAGGGCAGCAGAGAGGGCGAAGUCGUUUUAGAGGCCCCGAAGGGUUUGUACGUCGCCGAAAUCAUUUCUCUGGUCGCUGAGGGUUCCGGAAGUGCUUAUAGAGGCAGGCGGUGACAAACCGAAGUGUCGCCGAGCCUCCGUGUGACAUUCGUCCAGCUCUUCGCCAAGCCAUUUUCUGCCGUCUUGGACUAGGGGUUCUUUGGUUGAAGUGUUCCGGCCGCUCACUGCCACGUCAAAGCGUCCCUUAACGAUCUUCAGGGGAAGGGGGGGUGUCGUUACAUUCCGAGCGAACCUUGAGCUCCGGCACACGUUCAAAUAAUGGACAAAUAAUGUCGCGUGUGUCGAGAACAGCGCGUCCUGCGAAGUACAAGGCCAUUUGUGUAAUUCAUGGAAUCAUAAGUAUAAUUAAUUACAUACAGUUAGCAGCCUUUUACAUGAAACUUAAAAUUAAGGGAAUUUCAGUGUCUGAGCUGUACAGUCUUUUACAUUUAUUCAUUCAGUGUGGCUCUCGUGUAGGAAUGCAUACUGCGGUAAAGAACAUGUCCUCCCUGUAGCUGUGUACCGUGAUCUGGAUCUUCAGCCUACUUCUGUGUGUGUGUCCAUGCUGUGUUUGCAGGAGGACUGAGGUGUGUGUGUGUGUGUGUGUGUGUGUGUGUGUGUGUGUGUGUGUGUGUGUGUGUGUGUGUGUUGCUUACACACAUGUGCAGUCCUCAAGCUCCUGCCCAAAACCCCCUUUUACACCUCCUGGGUGUCUCCAUCCUCACCACUGUGUUUCUUCCUCAUUCCCAUGUUCAUCUUCGUCUUCCUCUCUUCUCUUGAUGUCACCGGUGUAAAGUGUGUGAACAGCAGUAUGCCCGACCCCGACCCCACCCCCACCCCCACCCCCACAGCCCUGUUUCACAAAUCGCCACCUGCACAAAUGACCCCCCACUUCAGGUGUCCCGCAGAGCAAGCAAAGCACAGCACAGUCCAGGCAAAUUCCACACGUCUAACUUUGGUCUUUUUAAAACACACUGUACUAUAUUAUAUAUAGAAAAAAUGCAUACAUACAGAAGAAACCCUGAAAGUGGUGUUAUAGUUGUGAAACCAGUUGAUUUAGCCAUUUGAAAAAUAAGAAUAAACAUCUAAAAAUGAUGAAAUAAAACUCCGUUUUAGUUUAUGUAACACCGUAGCCGGACGAUUAGAUUUAUAUAUGAUAUAUGUAUAUAUUUUGGUUUAUUUCGUCGAUGGUGGGUGCAAUGCAUUGUUAAAACAAAAGACAUCUAUUUUAUCGAUAUGCAGUAGGUGCACACCUGUUCGUCCAAACUGUUUUCAUGUAUUUUGCCAAGAAUAUGGGGAGUAUAUUGUUGUAAAAGUAUCCGAGUGUCUAAGUGUGUGUGUGUGUGUGUGUGUGUGUGUGUGUGUGUGUGUGCGCAUAUGCUGAGUGAUUGUAUUAUUCAGUGUGUUUCUGUUUUUCUGUCUAGUCGUACGCAGCUGAGGUCUAGUCGUUGCUUGUUCUCUGUGGAAGUGGAUAGCGGAGGGAUGAUGACUGAGUGCUCCACCAGUGUAGGACGGAAGGUCCUCGUGUCUGACGCCGGUAGGGUAAGGCUCCUAGUCACCGCGACCGCAUCGCCGACGCUUUCUGAAUAGGUCCCGAACGGUGCGGCGUCCACACGUUUCCCUGGAUCCAGACUGAUGCUCGAAACAUUUUUAUGUCCGACUAAUGAUCUCAAAAGCAAAAACUUAUUUUUGCCCCAAACCACACAGACGGAAUUUGAAUGAUUAAAGAGGAACGGCUAAACUUCGAGAAAAAAACAUCCUUUUAGAGCUGCUCUGGCUUCAGACGCUUAGCAGAACAGUACAGAACACGGUAUCUGCUGUAUACCACAUAAAUACACCAUCUCUUUGACUCUUUCAGAGUUAUAUAUGUGUGUUUAUGUGUGUGUAUAGCGUAUACUAUAUAUAGUGGUCAGCUGGUA